AGAAUAGCGACUGAUUCCAGCACUCCAAUGGCCUCUGAAAGAAAACUUCUAGGGGACCGAUAUAGAUUUGCCAAACUCGGAAUGGCAACAAACGAUGUGUUAAAUCAGGCAUACAGAGAUAUACUGGAGAUGGAGGUGCCACCUUCCAACAUUGAGAACAAAGUCAAAGCAUCACCUGUUUAUAAAAGAUUGCGCCCAGAACAAGAGCAUACCUUGCAGGAUGCUAAAAAUGCUGGAUAUAUAAAUUUCGGUAUCUCGUUAACAUACACAUUGAUCAGAAACAUUUGUAAAAAGAUUCCCAAACCGACAAAAGGAAAAUGGGGAGAAGAGCCUGCAGCAGGAGAAGUGACCGUGGGUGAUGAUGUCGAGAGAAUUAGAUCUAUCCAGAAUGGUUUGACUGCACAUGUGAGCUCAGCCUCCACAACAAAGUCAGAAUUCCAGAAAACCUGGUCCAUUAUCUCAGAUAUCUGCCAAAGAUUGGAAACUUAUACGGGAAAGAAGUAUUUGGAUGACCUCAAUAAAAUCCAAAAAAUGACCUUGAGAAUGGAAGAUGAAAAUGCCAUUAUAGAAAAGAUCAAACUGGAAAGUCUGCAUAAAAUGGUGAAAAAAUUGUGUUUAGAUAUGAAAGAUGUAAAAGCAGAAGUAGAGAGGCUUGAAAUGAAGCAUGAGAGAAUAGCGACUGAUUCCAGCACUCCAAUGGCCUCUGAAAGAAAACUUCUAGGGGACCGAUAUAGAUUUGCCAAACUCGGAAUGGCAACAAACGAUGUGUUAAAUCAGGCAUACAGAGAUAUACUGGAGAUGGAGGUGCCACCUUCCGACAUUGAGAACAAAGUCAAAGCAUCAUCUGUUUUUAAAAGAUUGCACUCAGAACAAGAACAUCUCUUGCUAGAUGCUAAGCAUUCGGGAUAUAAGAAUUUUGACAUCUCAUUAACAUACACAUUGAUCAGAAACAUUUGUUCAACGAUCCCCAAACCAACCAAAGGAAAAUGGGGAGAAGAGCCUGCAGCAGGAGAAGUGACCGUGGGUGAUGAUAUCGAGAGAAUUAGGUCAAUCCAGAAUGGUUUGACUGCACAUGUGAGCUCAGCUUCCACACAUGAAGCAGAAUUCAACCACACCUGGUCGACGAUGUCAGAUAUCUGCCAAAGAUUGGAAACCUUCACUGGAAAGAAGUACCUGGAUAACCUUAAUGAUAUCAAAAUACUAACCAUUAAAAGGGAAGAAGAAGAUUUUAUUAUAGGAAAGCUUUCCAUGGAACAUCAAGAAAUGUUGAAGACACUCGAGUCAGAUCAGCUUAAUCUUAUUCAUAAACUGACGAUCAGAGAGGAAACUGAAACUGAAGAUGAUGUGAUAGAAAUGACUAAAAUGCAGGAAGAACUGAAAAAGCUUGCCAACAAAGAAGAAAGAACUUCAAGUCCAACAGAUCUUGACAACCCUAAAGAAGAUCUUCUACAUCACAUGCGAACAGAAGUUACAACAGUACGACAUGCGAGAGGGAUUGUGGUUGGAUGUGCUGGUGCUGGGAAAACAACACUCCUCUACAGUCUUAUGGCCAAAAGUCUCGAAGAAAUAAAAGAAAUAAAAUCAACAAGAGGACUUCAAGUUUACGAAUAUAUAUUUACAGUGACCGAUGGGUCUUUACUGGCUACAGAGAAUCUUGAACGAAAAUUCUUGGUAAGAGUUCCAAGAUCUUUGCUUGCAAAGAAAAAUGGCAAUUAUAAUGAAGAUGCUGAUAGAAUAGAAGAAGACAACACAGGCGAUCUUUCUGAUCAAAAAGAAAAGGACAACACAGGCAAUAAUUGUAAACUGCAUGACACAAACGAUAUAUGUGAGGAAAAUACUGAAAACAUAGGGCCGGAAGAAAGCAGCAUUAACCUCACCUCUGAUGUCAAGGUAGAGGAUCACAGUACUACAGCAUUAGACACAAAAGCCAAAGACACAGUUGCUGAAACACUCUCCCCGGAAAUAAUCAAGAAGAUAUUAGAUGCACAGGAGAACGAGAUUAGUGUCAGCAUGAUUGAUUUCGCUGGACAGUUUGCAUAUUAUGCAUGUCACCAAAUUUACAUGAGAUCAUCGGCUUUUUACAUACUGGUAAUGGACAUGUCAAAGAGCUUUGAAGAAGUUGUCUUUGGUGAAGAAGAAGAAGACCAGAAGGGUUCUGUUUUUUCUACUUGGAAAUACAAAGAGUAUGUAGAAUUCUGGCUGAAUUCUAUUAAAUCCUUUGGCGGCCCUGAAGCACCUGUCCUUAUUGUUGCUACGCACACAGAUGGCAGAACAGAAGAUGAUAUAGAUGAUUAUUUUACGGAUCUAUGGCGGUCCCUACCAGAGGUCGACAAAACAUGGCUGUCCAAUCAUCGCAGUGAAGAAAACGAAUUUGCAUUUGAACUUAUUAACAUAGAUGAAGAUGAAAGAACUCAGAAAUUGCAGUCGCUCAAGAAAUCCCUUGUUGAAGUAGUAUCCAAUAAACUGGACACAAAAAUUCCGGUUCGCUCAUCUUGGGCCUUACUAGAACACCUCUUACGAGAUUCUGGAAAACCAAUCAUAUCGUACGAGGAAAUUCAGGAAAUGAAUAGAGAAGUUCCUGAGCAAUAUCGCUUAGAAAGCGAAGAAGAAAUACCUAAUUUUUUAACAUUCUUUCAUGAUCAUGGGAUUCUAUUGUAUUUCAAGGGAGAAGGGACUGGCACACACGCAAUCCUAAGCUUACAAUGGUUUUCUGAUGCAUUCUCUAGGCUUAUAGCGGAUAAAAAGCAUAUCAACAGAGACUGCAAGAGACAACAUAUUACAGAAUGGGAAAAAUUCAACAAGACGGGAGAACUAAACAGUAAGUUGGUCGAAGCUCUCUGGAAAGAUGAAAAAGUGGAGUCAACAAAUGCGCCAUCGUACAUAGAGUACAAAACGGAACUAAUGAGUUAUAUGGAGAGACUCCGAAUGUUGGUCAGUAUUGGUGAAAUAGGUAAAGGCCAGUCUUGGUAUGUGCCUUGUAUGAACAAAAAGCCGUUUACAAAAGACAUCAUUAAAGCAAAAGCAUGUUCCUCAAUUCUGUGUUUUCGAUACACAUCAUUUGCCAUAUUUGUGUUUUAUAGGCUCGUAGCUUAUUGCAUGAGUUCUCUCAAAUGGAAAGUUGUACCGGACAAAACCGAUAGAUGUCUUUUUCAAACAGCAGCAGUUUUUAAAUACAAAAACCACACUGUUUUACUCGGUAUUUGUGAUAAAGACAUCCAGUUGCAAGUUGUGGUCAAUGCUAUGGACAUAAGAACUGAAGUCUCCUGUGAAAUAGGUCGUUUAAUAGACAUGGGCCUACAUGAACUCACUCAAACAUUUGAAAACACAAAUUUGACUUUCCAGAAAGGAUACAAAUGCCAAAAUAUAUUUUGUGACCAAAAUGAUAUUUCGUUUACUCUAGUAGAGGACCUUUGUCAAUUAGGACUUGAAAACAUCGAGUGUUCCUGCUGUCCAAUUGGAGAAAACCACCAAAUAAAUGUACAAGAAACUAGGAGAUUCUGGGAACAGAAUCUUAAAGAAACAGAACCUUCCCCAACUGUAUCACAGGUCCCUUUGGAAAGGAUUGACGGGAGAGAUUCGUCAGCAAAAUUUCAAAAGAAAGUUGACAACACUCAGCGAAGUUAUGAAUUGGAAACCAUUUUCACUCAAGAAUGGCACAAAAGCGUGGCACAUUUGAUAUGUGGUGAUGGGACAAAAGGUACAGCAUUCAGGGUCGGGAGUCGUUACCUAAUGACAGCCUUCCAUGUGAUGAAAGGAAAUUUAGAAAUGUACAUCAAAAAAAUCAUAGAAAUAAUCCAGUCCGAUCCUCAGCGCAGUGAGAAGUAUUCCAAUUUACUGGAAAGAUUGAAUGUGGAGAUAUGCAAUGGAGAUAUUGAAGAAAAACUUCAGAAGGGGAUUUCGCAGUGGGUUAAUAAUUCCGGGAAUGAGUUGAAGAUAAACAGCUUACUAAGUGACAUGGAGAAAACUGGUUUUUCAAAUGCAAAAGUCCAAGCUGUGGAAUUUAUCAACAACCAUCCAAUGUAUGUAUAUUUUGGUCGAACGAAAGAACAAUCUGAAUCUCCAAGGUAUCCACUGAAAAUUGACAUCCCAUUUUAUAACGAAGCAGAAGACGUUGUUUUGCUGGAAGUGAAUUGGACAGAGCUACCAAAGCCAUUUAAGUUGGAGAAAUCGGAUGUACAACCAGAAAACAUCUACAUUAUUGGCCACCCAGGUUCCUAUGGAAACGAUCAAAUGUUAGACAGGGAAUGUCCAUUGAUUUCGGUGAAAGACGCAUAUAAAACGCAUUAUGAAGCAGUGAAAUGGUGGAAGGAAAAUUGUCCUGAUUUGGACCAUGAGUGGAUUACAAAAUGCUAUGAUGAUAUGAUCGCUAAGAAAAAUGUUCUAUUCCACUGUUCACAAUCCACAACUCAUGGGGCUUCUGGUAGCCCCGGGAUUAUUGAUGUGGACAAAGGGUCCCCAAAAGUGUAUUUAAUGCUCCAAGAAGGGUAUCCUAGCUUUGCACAUAAUGCUAUGAAGGAAAAACUGACUAUUUGUCCGAAACAUUAUCUUGUUGAGAGUGGGAUCAGUAUGCACUGUGUUUACAAGCUUCUAAGCACACCAAAGUUUAAAGAUCUUCGAGAUAACAUUUUUCACAAUUAAUUCGAAUAUUUCACAUGAUUUUUAAUGGUAAGUGUGCUAAUGUUUAGAACAUUCAGUGUUUGUUCUUUAAAAGUACCAUUUUUGUUAAGUUUUCUGUGUAGGUCUCAUUUCCGAGUAACUAUCAACGGGAUACGGGGUUAAACAAUGGGAUAAAAUAGAACUUUAAAGUUAUUGAGUCGUUUAUAUCACACUUCCCAGCUAGUUCAAAGAGGCAAGUAGGAAAUAUAUGUACACUGUACACCUUAAAAAUCCCAGAAAAUGAAUAAAGUGUUGAUAUUUUAUU